AUGGCGUAUACCUCUGACAUGUACAAGCAGCACAUUACGUUUUAUAAAUAUUUUGUGGAUGAUAUAUUUUUUGCUUGGCAUGGUAAUGAGACACAAUUGGACAGAUUUGUUAGGUUUCUUGAUAACACCACUGGAUACCUUACCUUCUCACCUAGUUACUCCAAAGAGGAAAUCAACUUUCUAGAUGUAAAUGUUAACAAAAAUAUUUUUGGCAACAUCUCGACAAGGAUACAUAGGAAGGACUGUAGGAAGAACAACAUUCUUCACCGUUCCAGUAUGCAUCCUAGGCACAUUACUAAGAAUAUAGUCACGAACCAAGUCUUACGUUGCAAGAGACUGCAUACAGACAGGGAAGAACUAACAGAUGCUAUGAGUCGUCUCACCACAGAGUUUGUUGAGAGAGGAUACAAGAGGGUUGAUAUUGAUAGAGUUGUAGCUGAAGCAGACUUACAUGAAAGUCACAAAACCAAACCUUACUACUCAGAUGAACAUUUAAUGAAUGUACCCCCAGAUAAGCAAGGCCCCUCAUUACCUGUCAAUAGGUCAUGUCUUACUUUUUUUAACGAUGUCUACAAGACAUGUGACAUCAUUAAAAAGAACUGGUCCAUUCUUCUCACUGACCCCGAGAUUAGCCGGGUUGUUGGUUCUACACCCAGUUUUAGUUUUAAAAAUAGCAAGAAUUUGAAAAAGAAACUCUGCUAUAAACAGAAUAAAACAUGUGACAGUUUUGUCUCACAACGGAAGGGAGAGGAAAAAUAUGGUGUCGGCAUAAAACACAAAAGCAACAAUAUUGUACAUAAGAAGAAAAUCACUGAAAGGUUCCGUGUUAACAUAUACCAGUUCCUGCAUGCCAUGGUGUUUGCAGUAGAAGAAAUCAACAGUAAUCCCUCGUUACUCCCAAACAUUACCCUUGGCAUGGAGAUUUAUGAUUCCUGUGGUGUUGCAGCAAAAGCAAUUGAGGCAACUAUGUGGCAAAUAACAGGGCAGGAACAUUAUGUGCCAAAUUACCGAUGCCGGGUAGAAAUUCCUCUUGCAGCCAUUAUUGGAGAUGCAGCAUCUAAAAACUCGAUACCUAUGGCUCAGAUAUUGGGUUGCCAUGACUACCCUCAGAUCAGUUAUGGCUCAACAGUUGCACUGCUGAGUGAUAAAAAAAGAUUUCCAUCAUUUCUCCGCACUGCCCCAAGUGACACAUUUCAAUCCCUAGGAGUAGCUCAGUUGUUGACACAACUUGGAUGGACCUGGGUUGGCAUUAUGGCAGAUGAAAAUGACUAUGGUCAGCAAGGUAGCCAAAUCGUCAAAGAAGAGCUGUUGAAAUCAGGAGCUUGUAUAGCAUUCUUUGAAAACUUGCCCAUAGUUUAUGAAGAGAAAAGAGCUCGAAGCAUCAUUAAUACAAUAAAACGUUCAACAGCAAAUGUUAUAUUGGUAUUUUCUGGUGAGGACAGUAUUAUCUCUGUCAUGGAAGAGAUAGCAAAGCAAAACAUUACAAACAAAGUAUGGAUUGGUACAGAUGGAUGGUAUACAUCUGCAAUUUUUUCUAAUAAUUUGUUCUGGGAGACAUUAAAUGGCUCCAUUGGGUUUCUUUUCCAAAAAGGUAACAUGCCACACUUUGAUCAGCACCUUCAGGCAGUUCAUCCACUCAAGUACCCUAAUGACAUUUUUAUCAAAGAAUUCUGGGAUAACACCUUUAACUGUAAAUGGAUAAGUGCUGCUAAUGUACAGACGACUAAAGAAAAUGUGACUGAAGAAAAAGAUAUCUGCAAAAUCAAUGAAACAUUGCAUGAAGUCAGCACACCAUUCCUGGAUGUAUCCAGAUUAACUUUUGUGUACAAUGUUUACAAAGCAGUUUAUGCUGUUGCAUAUGCUAUACAUGAUAUGGAGACAUGCGCUGCUGGAGAGAGACCUUUGGAGAACAGGACCUGUACAGAUAUACAUCAGUUUGAACCUUGGCAGCUUCUUCACUAUCUCAGAAAUGUACAGUUCAGAACUAGUGUCAAUGAUGAAAUAUUCUUUGAUACAAAUGGAGAUCCCCCUGCAAGAUAUGAUAUCUUUAACUGGCAGGUGAACCUGCACAAUGUAGCAAGCUACAUGAAAGUUGGAAGCUAUGACUCCAGUGCAUCUGCUGGACAAAAAUUAAUGAUCAACACAAGCAUCAUCUCUUGGAAAGGAGGGAGUGAGCAGGUUCCUAGGUCUGUAUGCAGUGAAAGCUGUCCCAAAGGAUACCGUAAAUCUCCUCAACAGGGACAGCCCAAGUGUUGCUUCAACUGUGUUCAAUGCCCUGAAGGAGAGAUUGCCAACCAAACAGACAUGAAUGAGUGCUUGAAAUGCCCAUUUGACUACUGGUCUAAUGAGAAAAGAGAUGCAUGUUAUCCAAAGCCCGUGGAAUAUCUCUCCUAUAAAGAUCCUUUGGGUGCAACUUUAGCUAGUAUUAGCACUGUUAGUUCUUUAAUGCCUUUAUUAGUAUUAAUCAUUUUCAUCAAGAACCGGGACACACCCAUUGUGAAAGCCAACAAUCGUGAGAUCAGCUACAUUCUUUUGUGGUCCCUUUCUGUUUGCUUUCUUUCAUCAUUAAUUUUCGUUGGACAGCCCACAAAUAUCACCUGUAUGCUCAGGCAGGCAGCCUUUGGCAUAGUUUUUGCUCUCUCUGUAUCUUGUGUGUUGGCCAAAACCAUUAUGGUAGUCAUAGCUUUUAAUGCCACGAAGCCAAACAGCAAUCUGAGAAAAUGGGUUGGACUUAAGCUGCCUGCAUUUAUUGUGUUUAUAAGUACACUUGUUCAGGUUGUUUUGUCUGUCAUAUGGCUAAGCCAGUCCCCUCCUGUAUCAGAAUGCAACAUGACCAUCCAAGCUGGACUGAUCAUCAUCGAAUGCAAAGAAGGAUCCAUAGUUGCAUUUUGGUGUGUUCUUGGAUACCUGGGACUUAUGGCUAGUAUCAGUUUUAUAGUUGCAUUCCUUGCUCGGAAACUUCCAGAUUCCUUUAAUGAGGCCCAGUUCAUUACAUUUAGCAUGCUGGUCUUUGUUAGUGUCUGGCUGUCUUUUAUCCCAGCUUAUCUCAGCACAAAGGGAAAAUAUACAGUGGCUGUGGAAAUAUUUGCCAUUCUGGCUUCUAGUGCUGGAGUGCUAACUUGCAUUUUCAUUCCAAAGUGUUACAUCAUACUUCUGAGACCAGAUAUGAAUACAAGAGAAUAUCUAAUGGGAAAAGGAGCAGAACGAAAUAAGAAACAUAAAUGA